UAAUAAAAAAAAAAACAAACGGAGUCAACAGAACCCAACCCAAAACAAACAAAAGCAAUUGUUUGAUAUCAUCCAAAUCAAACAAACACACACUUCGAUUCAAACAACACGAAAAUCAUUUGGACACUAAUUUCUUUCAGUUUCUCUUUGUUAAUACCAAACCCUAAGGGGGAAUACAAGACUUCAUUUGUUUACUGUAAUUCUUAGGUUUUCAAAAUCAGAUGUUGUUAUAUAUAUAGAGAGAGAGGGUGGGAAAGAAAUAGAGGAAUUUUGGUAUUUGGUGGAUGGUCUGAUGGGAGCAACUGGGUCUAAGCUCGAGAAAGCUCUUGGAGACCAAUUUCCCGAAGGCGAACGCUAUUUCGGUCUCGAAAACUUUGGCAAUACUUGUUAUUGCAACAGUGUUUUGCAGGCCCUUUAUUUCUGUGUUCCAUUUCGUGAACAGCUUCUUGAAUACUAUGGAAACCGUAAAAGUCCAGGAGAUAUGGAAGAGAAUCUCCUUACAUGUUUAGCUGAAUUGUUUAUGCAGAUUAGUACACAAAAGAAGAAAACAGGUGUUAUUGCUCCAAAGCGCUUUGUACAAAGAGUGAAGAAAGAAAAUGAGCUUUUCCGUGGUUACAUGCAUCAGGAUGCACACGAGUUCUUGAACUUCUUACUAAACGAUCUUGUUGAAAUAGUAGAAAAAGAAACAGCGAAAGGUCCAGUGGAGAAUAUAUCACCUCCCGAUAAGAUGCCUAAUGGGCAACAUAGUGGUCAGGUCAAUGGUGCAAAGAAAGAACCCAAGCUUACCUGGAUUCACAAAAACUUUCAGGGCAUACUUACAAAUGAGACAAGGUGUUUAAGGUGUGAGACUGUGACUGCAAGGGAUGAGACAUUCUUAGAUUUGAGCCUUGAUAUAGAGCAGAACAGUUCAAUUACAAGCUGUUUAAAAAACUUCAGUUCCACAGAGACCUUAAAUGCUGAGGAUAAGUUCUUCUGUGAUAAAUGCUGCAGCUUGCAGGAAGCACAGAAGAGGAUGAAGAUAAAAAAACCGCCUCAUAUUUUGGUUAUACAUUUAAAGCGUUUCAAGUACAUGGAACAGCUUGGCAGGUACAAAAAGUUAUUAUAUCGUGUCGUCUUCCCUCUGGAGUUAAAGCUGACAAACACCAUGGAAGAUGCCGACUGUGAGUAUUCUUUGUUUGCGGUGGUGGUUCAUGUCGGCAGUGGGCCUAACCAUGGUCAUUAUGUCAGUCUGGUCAAAAGCCACAACCAUUGGCUCUUUUUUGAUGAUGAGAAUGUGGAGAUGAUCGAAGAAUCUGCUGUUCAAACGGCCUUCGGUUCUGCUCAGGAGUAUGCAAGUAACACGGAUCAUGGGUACAUUCUGUUCUAUGAGAGCAUUGCUAACAACUCGAGCUGAUAAUCUGUUUUGUUCAUUGUGAUAAGUUGUAUACAUGUUACGAGGUGUUUUGUCAUUAUAGAACAUUUUGAAUUAGAUCAGGAAACUAAUCACCAUAUGUGUUAGAUGUACAGUUGAUGGUUUGCAUUGUGCAGCCAUUACAGUUUCUCCUUCUCGAAGUACAUUUAAGGCAAUGGCUGCUAUAAUUUUAGUGGUCUGUUUCUUUUCUUUUUGGUAUCGGAUGAUUCAAAUUAUAUGGAAAUAAUCAGGGAAAUUACUGUG